AAAACAUUUGUAUCUGUUAUUCAAGUUCUUUAUUAAUACCCCCUCCCCGGUGCUAUCGUUCUUUUUCUGUUGUGUUCUGCUAUUAUCCCAAAGUAACAACAUCAAGCUUCUAGCAAUACUUCAUUCUUUAGUAUUGUCACCAUCGCUCCCUACACACGUAUAUCCCAUCCCAUUCAUUGAUCUUGUUAGAACAUCAUGCAAUUGUUUAACUUAGCCACCUGUUUGUCCAUAUUAGCCGUCAUUGAAGCUGCGACACUCGUUGUGACCCAAACCGAAAUAGCUACUGUCAUUUUAGAAAACGGUGUUUUGUCGACCAUUCUUCCCUCGUCUUCGGCCAAUUCAUCUUCGACUUUGAACUCGACCUCCCAAUCAUCCACCAUCAUUAAUACCCCAAGUUUAGAUGCCGAAAUCAAGCCUGCUACUGUUUCGCCAAUCACUUACACUGCUCCAUCCCAAGCUCCAACCACUCUUUUGACCGUGAGCUCUUACGUUGCACCAGUGACAGUCCCAACUUCAACCACCCCAGCUGCUGUCACCACCCAAGCUGCUACCACUGAAGCCGCUGCUACAACCAGCUCUAGUUCCAAUAUUGGUGGCAGUGUAGACCAAGAUUUUGCUUCGUCCAUCUUGAAUGCCCACAAUGAAAAGAGAGCUGCUCACGGUGUUGGCUCCUUGACAUGGGACGACAACCUUUACCAAUAUGCUGCUGCUUAUGCUAGUAAAUAUGACUGUUCUGGUACUUUGACCCACUCUGGUGGUCAAUAUGGUGAAAACUUGGCAGUUGGAUACUCUGAUGGGGUCAGUGCCUUGGAAGCUUGGUACGAUGAAGGUUCCAACUACGACUAUUCCAGUGCAUCUUCUUUUGACCACUUUACCCAAGUGAUCUGGAAGUCUACCACCAAGUUGGGUUGUGCCAAGAAGGACUGUACUGCUGAAAACUGGGGCCAAUAUGUCAUUUGCUCUUACGACCCAGCCGGUAAUUACAUUGGCGAAGGAAAAGAAAACUUGUUUUCUUAAAACGGUGUUACGGUGUUGGAAAUGAUUCAUUAAAAUUAGUUUGCUUUAUACAUGUUUGAAAUAUGGGUCAGUUUGCAGCCAUUGC